AUGGAGCUGCCUUUGCCGCAUCCGCGGCUUUCACAGAGCCAGGUCGCGCAUGUGGCGCACGCGGCUUGGACGCCGAUCCCCGCGAACUUUGCCGGCUUGCCACCGGCGUCUCGGCGGUUGGGCCUGGCGUUGCUGGCCGCGAGGUUGCGGCGUUGCCAGCGCCGUGUGGCGUCGCUGGAUCGCCCAGUGAAACGGCUGCGUGCCAGGAGGCGGCCGCCGGCGCCGGUGAUGUCACAGCGCACCGCGCUGGAGCAAGCGCCCAGCCUGGAAUUUCUUGGGACAUGCCUUGCCAGCGGGCGGCUGGAGGAGGCGGACCAGGUGACCAGGGACCUGCUGCUGGUCCUCGCUGGCGGACCCGCGCUGGCCCGAGGUUUCCUGCAGCCCGAAGAGGUGCCGGGCAUCUCUGCUGAGGAUCUGCGGGCACUAGACCGGCUCUGGGUGAAAUACUCGGAGGGCCGCCUCGGCUACAGCGUGCAGCGGGAACGGCUCGAAGCGGCAGGCGGAGAUUUCCAGAAGUUCAUGCACGAGAUCGGCUGGCUGCAGGGCCCCGAGCCCAUGCUGCGCUUCUGGCCCCGCCGCGAGUUCGACUACUCCCUCACUGCGCCCCAAGGGCACCUGCCCCUGACGAACCUCAUCCGCGGCCGCGAGCUGCUGCUGGCCUUGCUGCGCCAUCCCGCCUUCGCAGGCGCGGCAACUGCGGCUACUGCAGAUGUACCUGUGGUGAAGGAGGCGACGACCCCUGAGGUGCGCGACUGGUGGGCCAAGCUCACUGGCGGCGCGGACGACGAGGAAUUGGACAGCACGACGGAUCCAGAGCAGACGAGCAUCGAGAGGCCGCCCGAGAGCUUCGAAGAGCGGGGCCCCGGGGAGGUUUGCUUCCGGAUCACUCUAAUCACCGGCUUUGAGACGUUCAACGCACGCCUCUACCGGUCUGCAGCGAGGCAAGCCGCCGAUGUGCCGGGCCUCUCCAUUUGUGUUUUCACCGAUAAGGACAUUGCCGAGCGUCGAGCUGUGGUGCAGCAGGCGCUUGAGACGACGGACGUAUUUUUCUGCUCGCUGAUUUUCGACUUCGACCAGGCGGAGUGGCUCAGAGAAGCCUGCCAACACAUCGAGGUCCGCAUGAUCUUCGAGUCCGCCUUGGAGCUAAUGUCCUGCACCAAGGUGGGCUCCUUCGCCAUGUCCGGCGGCGGCGGCGGCAUGCCGCCGGCAGUGCGGUCGCUGAUCUCCUCGCUGACCGGGCAGCGCGAGGAGGACCGCAUCGCUGGUUACACAAAGUUCCUGAAGACUGGGCCGAAGCUGCUGCAGUUCCUGCCGCAGCUUGGGCCCAUCCCGGACCUGCGGCGCUGGCUGCAGAGCUACGCCUUGUGGAGCGGCGGGGGCCGCGCCAACGUGGCCAAGAUGCUGCGCUAUCUCGCGCACGAGUUUGGCCAGCUCGAGUCUGCAGGCACCGAUGGCACGGCGGGCGACGAAACUUCUGGAAAUCCUUUGGAGGUCGUCGAGAUCCCGCAGGUGGGCCUUCUGCACCCGGCGCGGAAGUUCGCUUUCCAGCCGGGGCCCUUUUGGCAGAGCCCACGGGACUACCUCGACUGGUAUCGAAGUUACAAGCCCGAGGCCUUUACCGAGCGGUGGCCACGGGUGGCCGUGCUGCUGUACCGAAAGCACGUGGUGUCAGAGCUCUCCUACAUUUGGCAGCUGGUGAACUACUUUGAGGAGAAGCACCAGAUCCUGCCGAUACCCAUCUUCAUCCAAGGCGUGGAUGCGCAUAUCGCCGUGCGAGACCUGCUGACCAGUGAUGCGGAGCGGGAGGCGGUGGCGUCCGGGAAGGUGCCCAAGAACAGGACUUUGUCGGAGGAGGCCAUCGAGGUGGAUGCAGUCGUCAACACCAUCGGCUUUCCCCUGGUUGGGGGGCCGGCCGGUUCCAUGGAAGGCGGCCGGAACAGCGAGAUCGCCAAGGAGAUCCUGACAUCCCUCAACGUGCCAUACUUCGUUGCGGCCCCCUUGCUGAUCCAAGACGUGAACUCUUGGAGGGAGCAAGGCAUCGGUGGCCUGCAGGGCGUGGUGCUCUACGCGCUCCCGGAGCUGGACGGCGCCAUCGACGCGGUGGCCCUGGGCGGCCUGGUUCCCGGGGGCGACAUCGAACUGCUGCCAGACCGCGUGGAUCGCCUGGCAGGGCGCCUGAAGCGCUGGGUGCGGCUGCGCCGCACGCCGUCCGCGCAGCGCAAGGUGGCCAUCAUUUUGUAUGGCUACCCGCCGGGCAUUGGCGCCACCGGCACGGCGGCGCUGCUCAACGUGCCCCAGUCCCUCCACAGGCUGCUAGUGGCCAUGAAGGAGCAGGGCUAUGAUGUCGGAGACCUGCCUGAGGACCCGGAGGAACUGAUCCGGGAAAUUACCGCAGGGGACCAGGCGGCCGACUCGGGCGCCGGCUUCGGGGACCGCGCGGAGCUCGCCAAGGGCGCGGCCCAGGUGGAGGUUCAGCAGCUGGCCGAGUGGCUGCCGCGAGACAGCCAGGAGGCGGUGGAGUCCAAGUGGGGGGAGGGCCUGGCGCAGAGCGGCAUCCGCGCCAUGGGCUCGGCGCUGCUGCUAGGGGGGCGCAAGCAGGGCAACGUCUGGCUAGCGGUGCAGCCACCCCUUGGCGUGCCCGGGGACCCCAUGCGGCUUUUGUUCGAGCGGGACAUGACGCCGCACCCGCAGUACGUGGCCUUCUACAAGUACAUUGAGAACGAAGCUCGGUCAGACAUGUAG